UUGAGUGUAUAACUUGAAUUUUAAAUAGAAAUAAUGUAUCGUAAUUACGUUAUAUGUGCAUUUACGUUUUAGGAUCUCUUAAUUUUCUUUUUUUUUUUUUUUUCCAGUAAAAUUAUUUACACCAGAUAGCUUAAAGAAAAUAAUCACUCUGUAGAUGUACACGUUUUCCACGACAUCUCAGUGUCCUUUAACGAUCGAAUGAAUUUUUUGUGUUCUCUGCUUAUAUGAUCUUAGUGGUUUGAAACUUUUUCCAAUAUUGAAAGACAUUCUACAUCAUUUUUUAUUUUUUAAUCGCCGUUCUUCCAUCAGUGAUUUUCCAAUGAGCAAAACAAACCCCCUAAAGAAUCGUUCACAACAUCGGCCAUACAGUCAUGGCGUCGACGUUGUGAAAAAUUUGUUGAUAUAUAAGAUGACUAUGUCGAAAAGUGACAAUAGCUUUAGCUUUCUGAUCUUCCUAUUUUUACCUAAAAGUCAGAAAAUAAAAAAUGGAACAUGAUAUUCCUUCUUCACAAGCAUCUACAACUAUUCCCAGUGUAACUACGUCAUGUGUAGAAGAAGUUCCAAUAUGUAAUUGUAUCGAAGACUGGAACAAUGAGAAUUUUGAAAAUUAUGACCUAAAGCAGAAUUCAAGAAAUAGAUUAGUUUUACGAACUGUAAAAAAUGUGUCAAAAGCAAGGAGAAAAAGACUCAGACAACAAGAACGGUUACAAUUUUGUAAAGAUGAAUUUUUAUUUGUACAAAACAUAGAAAAACUAAGAACAAAAAAUAAUUCCAGAAAUGUAACUGAUAUUGAAUUACCUAUGCAUGAGCAUCUAAAUUUAUCUGAGGUAAGAGAAAAAUUUCAAGAAUUGAACAUUUCCCAUUGA